GAGGGGGUGGAUGGGUGGGGGAAGGUGUCCGAACUGGGUGCUGGGGGGGUCUGCAGCAGGGAGCUCCCCAAAACGAUCCACUGCCUGACACGGCUCCGCUCUCCCCUUGCAGAGAAGACGGGGAAGGUGCUGGGGGAGUUCUGCCGGUGCUACGCGGAGCAGUACGGCGUAGCGCUCUUCAACAGCGUCCGCUAUGAGAUCGAAGGCAACGGAGGGCCGCAGGCACAGCUGCUCCACCGCAAGGUCCCACUGGAAGACCAUGUCAUCUACUCAGGCAACCUCUUCCAGUACAUCGAGGAGAACAAGAAGUGGAGGAACCGCUUCUGUGUGGUCCCGCACAACUACGGCCUGGAGCUCUAUGAGAACAAACUGGCAUAUGAGCGGGACCUGUCGCCUCGCAUACUGGUCAACAGUGCUGGCUACAAGAUCCUCACCUCUGUGGACCAGUACCUGGAGCUGGUGAACAGCAGCCUGCCUGGCGUGACGCCCAAAUCGGGGCACACCCCCAUCUUGAAGUGCCCCACGGAUUUCCCCCUCAUCCUCUGGCACCCCUAUGCCCGGCACUAUUACUUCUGCGUGAUGACGGGCAAGGAGCAGGAGAAGUGGCGGGCGGUUUUCCAGGACUGCGUCCGGCACUGCAACAACGAGCCCACUGCCCUGGCCGGGCUCAGCCAGGGACAAGUGACCCUGGUGGGGCGCAUCCUGAUGGGGCAGAUCCAG